GCCCGCCCUCGGUCGUUCGUCGUCGUCGUCGUCGUCGCCGUCGUCGACGUCGUCGUCGCGGUGCGCGCAGUGAGUGCGAUACAACAGUGUGUUCGCCGCGAGGUGUGCGCGAAGUGAGGCGAGGAGGAGGAGAAGCGCGCGCGCGCGCGCACGAGACACGCACGUCGCCGCUACAUGUGAAGUGUCGCGAGGAUAAUUAUUCGCCGUCGCGCCCGCUGGUUUACCCGGCCCAGCAAACAUGAGCUGGGGCACGGAGCUCUGGGACCAGUUCGAGAAUCUGUCCCUGCACACGCAGAAAGGGAUAGAGUUUCUCGAGAGGUAUGGCCACUUCAUACGCGAUCGUUGCGCGAUCGAAUUCGAAUACGCAGCGAAGCUCAGGCGUCUCGUGAAGAGUUAUCAACCGAAGAAGAAGGAGGAGGAGGAUUAUCAAUAUAGUCCCUGUCGGGCGUUUAAAAUGGAGUUGAACGAAGUGAACGACCAGGCCGGUCAGCGGGAGGUGAUCGCGGAGAACCUUCAGGCCAACGUUCUGCGGGAGCUCAACAUCCUGGUUAAGGACUUCAAGGAGGAUCGCAAGAAGCAUCUGCAGGAGGGUGCGCGGCUGAUGGCCACCCUAGCCGGCCAGAUCGGCAAUCUGGAGCGCGCCAGGAAGGCCUACGAGAAGGCCUUCCGCGAGGCGGAGCGCGCCGUGGAGAACUAUCAGCGGGCGGACGCGGAUCUCAAUCUCUCGAGAGCAGAGGUCGAGAAGCAGAGGAUGAAUAUGACCAUGAAGACCCAGCAGAGCGAGGAAGCCAAAACGGAGUACGCGAAUCAGCUGCAAAAAACGAAUGACAUGCAGACGUUACACUACCACACAGCGAUGCCGGAAGUGUUUCAACAUCUUCAGGAACUGGACGAGAAAAGGAUAAAGAACAUGCGAAACUACAUGAUGAAAUCGGUAGAGAUCGAGCGGGCGGUGGCGCCGAUAAUUGCCCAGUGUCUAGAUGGCAUUGAGAAGGCGGCGAACGAGAUCAACGAGAAGGAGGACACGAUGUUGGUAAUAGAACGCUACAAGAGUGGUUUCCAGCCACCCGGAGACUUUCCCUUUGAAGACCUAUCGGUCGCAAAGAACUACGACAGCAACAGUCAACUGGCCCAGCCGGUCAUGCAGCCGAUCCACAAUCAUCUCACGGUCAAGGGCACCGUAUCCGGUGGCAAGAUCAAAAAGAGGGUCGGCCUCUUCGGGAUCUUCGGCAGUAAUAAGAAGUUGAUCGAGGUGUGCAUAGCUUUAAAGAAUAAUGUGCCUGGCUACGGUGAUGGUGCCAAGGAGGACUGCAGCGAUCUGCCACCGAAUCAACGGAAGAAGCGAUUGCAGCAGCGACUGGACGAGAUCCAGGCGAAGAUUCAGCAGGAGACCGCGGCGAGGGACGGUCUGAUGAAGAUGAAAGGCGUGUACGAGCAGAAUCCAGCCCUUGGAGAUCCGAUGAGUAUAGAGGGGCAAUUAAACCAGUCCAGCAACAAACUGGACAAGCUCGGAGUUGAAUUGGCAAAGUUUCAAGGCUACCUCGAAGAAGCGAUGCGCGCUGGUGCCAGUUUAUCUAGCCCAAGUCAAGCACAGCGAAAACCUACUACUAACGGCUCGGCGACGAGGCCGUUGAGUUCACGAAGAGGUAGUCAUUCAGGCGGCGAGGAGAGCCUUUCGAGAUCCGCUUCGGACUCGAGCGUCAGUAACGCGAACGCAAAUCAACCGGUUCACAAGAAGAGCGCGCCGGGCACACCGCAGCCGACUCAUGGUUCCACGAACAGCCCGGAAUCUGGCCUCGGCGAGUCGAGAACGUCGCUACCCGGCAGCGGCUGCGAGGAGUAUUAUCAUGAUGAAGUGGAUGCCCAGCCGCCGCUGGGGACAUGUCGGGCGCUUUAUCCUUUCGAUGCGACUAGCGAAGGUUCCAUACCGAUGUACGACGGCGAAGAGCUGUAUAUGAUCGAGCUGGAUCAGGGGGAUGGUUGGACUAGAGUGCGACGCAUCUCGCAGCCGAUCGAGGGCUUCGUGCCGACCUCAUACAUAGAGUGUCACCUGUACAACACUUAGCCGCUUCUCGUAGGUUGUUAAAGGGAAACUGCGCGACGCGGAGAACCGCUAGAAGGAGAUUAUUAACGAAGACACGUAACACAUUUAGCGCCAUCGAAGACUCCGAGGGUUAUGUGUUGGACGAAUUGGCACGGGAUACCGGGACAUCAAUAGCGGAUUACAGGCCUAAUCAAUACUCGAACGACGGAAGAUCAAAGAACUUUUAAUUCUGAAGAUUAAGAACUUGAAUAGCUAAGGAUUGUGAAUAUUUACAAGCAAUAUAUAUUAUGAGAUUUCUGUUAAGAUUCACAAGAUUGAUGAAAACAGAAUUUCUCAUUCGCAGAUUAAGAAAUUGUUUGUCAAUUUAAAGAUACGCGAUUUCGAUCUAUAGAAGUCGAAGUAUCCGCGAGACCAGAUUAUUACGUGCUGAUAUCCUCGACGAAAUCGUGACCAUUGUCAAUUGUUGCGUACGCGUCUCCAACACAUCUCUCUCUCCCAAGGAUUCCUGUUCGAUCGAUCGGCCGAUCGAUCAGGAAGGAACAAAGAAACGAUACGAUACGAACAAAAUAGCCCCGGCUUUGUGAUCAAUCAAUCUAAGCGUAAUAGGGAUAGAAUCGAGCUCAUUUUUGGGCUUAUUAGACCCUUACGAGACAUAUUUCGCCCUUAUCCGGAUUUGUUUAAAAUAACACUUCGUUACAUAAUAAUUACCCUAGCGAUUAUCUGUUAAAUAGGUAUUCGACAGAUUUUUAACAGCAUAUUAUUAAUAGCGAAUGUAUUUAAAAUUACAUGUAAAUCAUUAUUUUGCGUCCUAACAGUGCGAUUUUUUUUAAUGAAGGCUCGCGGCGGCCCUACAGCCUUACCUGCAUUAUUUUGAAAUGAAUAAGUUGAUAUUAAUGGCUGUUAAUUAUUAAUUAUGAAAUUUUUUUUACCGCGGGAGUACGACUGUAUUAUUAUUUUAACGUUCUACGUUCUACGCGCGGAGGAUCACAUCGAGACCUGCAUUUCUUGACGUUCGAUUCUCGUCGAAAUUGAUUACUAAUAAUAACAAUAGUCAUACUACUUUAUUAAUGUCGGAAAUUUUUACUUAGAAACACUUGUAUUAUUUUGCAGACUGUGUACUACGUUUCCCUGUGUAAAUAAAUAAGUCUUUUUUUUUAUUGUACUAACGUAAUCUUGUACACGAAGGGCCACGGUGGCCCCAAAGUCUAUCUACGGCAGGAAACUCACGAAUCCCGAGGUAAGGGUUGAAUUUAGGCGUCUAUAUGAUAGCGUUAUGUCCGAUAAUAUACAUAUUCAAAUGUAUGCAUUUGUCACUUUUAAUCCUUGAGCAGGAGCAAGAAACUGGAGAAUUGCGUUAUUGGAUAAUUAUUUUUAAAAAAUAGUUGUUUAACUUCGCAAUUGCGAAUAGAAAUGCCAGAGUUUACUCGUUCAAUGGUUGACGAAAAUAGUGCAAUAUUCCGAUUAAAGAUCUUACAAAGAUGAGUCUUCCGUCUUUGUGUAAGAACUUGUGAGUUAUCAGAACGACAUCAACGCGGCUGCUUAAGGAUUAAAGCGCGAUUGUCUUUUCGUGAAGAGUCGAUGGUGAUACGAUCCUUAAUACACUCACGACUUCUCGAGGCGUAUCCCUUUUUCUGUGUAGCUGUGCACGAGCGAGACGUUUAACGACCCCUUUAAGAAAAAGGAAAGAAAUAACUAUCUUAGUAAUAACAAUCGCGCUCCGCCUACUCGUCACUAGCAAAUUAAUCACGACUGUUGUAACCGUCGCCGCACCGAAGUUUUAUCUUUUAUAACUCGACUCGACGUCGUAAGAGGCGGCCGGCUGUUUCACGGACACGGCUCACUAUCACGCUGAGAGAGCACGAGACUGAUCGCUGCUGGUGUUUCGUCGUACUCGCGCGAGUCGAGCAAAAUCUUGACGUUUACUCGUAAUCGAGAUUACAAGGAUCGACGAGAUUUUGAAGUGUAGCGGCAUCGAGAGGAGAAUUACAGAAAUGGCUAGGAUGCGCACAGUACAGGAUUACAAAAUUUGGCACAAAUUUAUAUAGUUGAAUGCCCACACGUAUCCGAUUUUAUAAAAUCGAGAAUUUCUAAUUGGAGAACUCUUGCUUAAGAAAUGCCGAAUUUGUAGCACCUGGAAUUUCUGCGAAACUUAGCUUCUAGAACAAAGAUUUUAUAAAAUCGAAUAAAUAAAUGUGCCAAAAUAUACGAAAUUGGAAUUUUUCGCAAUACGGGAUAUUUUUGAAUAUCCUGAUGGAACUCUUGACUCCUCGACGAUCCACAGACCUGAGAUCGGCUUAUUUGAAAGCGCGUGUAAUCAGGGAUCGGCAAAAGGGCGUCUGUGGAGACCGAAGGGUCUUGAGAUCCAGGACUCGAUUACGCGUAGCAUCAAUUUGCGACGAGAGAAAUGAGUCGUUCCGGUGGAAACUGGUCGGCGUACCGCGUUUAAGGAGUUGCCUGAAUGUGACUAGUUAGUGAUAGAUUUAAAUGUAAAUAUUGCCAAGGGAUGUGGAAGCGAGAGCGAGAGGCUGCCCAGUGCAUGCGAGUGCCAGAAUCAAUAUUAAGCCGGGAGGGACUCGCUCCUGUCGCGGACAGGAGCUUGUGUGUCCUUGAGAUAUUCGAGUGUCCUGCGGCAAUACUCUGUGCUGCGUUGGUGCUACACAUCGGUAUAUUAAAUGGUAAAGGAACAAAAGAGUAGCGUUCGCGAUAAUCGUAGCGGCAAGCUGUAAUCGUAGAGGAUUGUAGCGCCGGCCUGUCACUAUUGUUACUACGGGCGAUAUUUUGCGAUAGAGCGAGAAUCUCGAUGAAUGUCGCUAAGGCAGCAUGGAGAAGCGGCAUAUCCGAGGGGACCGGAUCCUCGUUCCCCCACGUGUCCCAGAGGGAAGUCCGCGCGACCGCGAGAACCUGCUGACGUUCGUCGUAAUUUUUUUUGCCGCGUCCGGGAAUCGUGUGACUUUCUCGCGCAUUGAAUGUAUAUGUAUAUAUUAUAUAUAGAUAUUAUAUAUUCGAUCGUCAGGAAGAAAAGGCGUAGCUUCACUAUAGUCGUACGCAAGUACACGAAUAAAUAUGAUCAAUAGUUCACUCAGAGACACACACACACACACACACACACACAUACACACACACACACAGGCACACGCGCAUCCUGCCCCCGCUCUUGAUCGCUUCCGGUUCGUUAACGGCGAAAACAAGGGAACUGCUCGGCGAUUAUGUCAAGACGAAGUAACGGGGCCGCCUGUGCGCCCCGACAUUUCAUUGUGUCUGUUCUAUGUAUAUUUUGUGAUUCUUUGUACGUGCGAAUAUGCAUUGUAGAUAAUUAAUUCUGCGUUUUAUUAUACUUGAUUAUUAUUAUUUUUAUUAUUAUUAUUAUUAAUAUUGAGAAAAUACAGGUACUAAAACCAAUAUAACUGUUUCGGAUACGUUAACGUGGCUAAUAUUUGCGCCUUUAUAUCCAGAGUUCUUCCUCACGCGUUUAAUACUUGAUUUUAUCUCUUUUUAGAAAAUAUACGUUUGGAAGGAUACGUUUUACCAGCUUCGAGGCAGAAAGUUACAUUUUAGAUUUCUUGUAUAACAAUUUUUUUACAUAUAAUUUUUACGUGUUUAUCGCUGUACAAAAAUCAAAAGUAUGUAAAUGUGAUAGCUAUUACAUCGCGACUAUAAUAUUCCUCUUUGCGAACGCUCGUUGAAAAUUAUUUUUCACAAUAAUCGUAGCGAUGUAAUUAUCAAAACGUGAACGUGAUAUUUUUGUACGGUGAAUAUAUAAUUUAUUUGAUUUAAUGCGUUCAACGUUCUUGUAACUUUAUUGUACGAAGUAAGAAAUAUUUUAAUCAUUUUGGGAUUGAUUGUAAGUUUAUGUCGUUUCAAAAUAUAAUUUAUCUAAAGACGCUGCGGAAAUAUAAAAAGUGCAAUUAAAACUGAUGCGUGCGCCGUCAUUUUUAUUUUGCGUCGCGUUGCGUCUGUUUCCAAGAAAUUUAUGCUAUUCUGUGUUUUUUAAUCACCGAAGCGAAGUUGCGAAUAAAUGUCGCGAGUACUGACCAAAGCGUUCAACAAUUAUUGUACCACGCAGUACUUCUCACUGUAUUGAUGCUACGAUAAUUAGCUCUGUCUUUUUAAUCAGGCGAGUGAAUAUUCGCGUUGAAGUCGAGAUCGCGUGCUGCUUCAACAUGAAGCCGAUAAGGCAGCAAUUUGGUGAGUAAUUUCAUUUCCACUGCACAUUAUACAAAGCUAAUUUAAUCUCAAAUUAAAAGAAAGUAAUCAGUUGAGUAUUAGAGAGUUGCGCUAAUAUCAAUUAAAGCUGUGGAAGGUGUUUUAUUGAGAAUAUAAAAUCAGGGUAGAUAAAAACGCAGCAGAGCUACGGGAUUUCUUUUUCUCCUGGAUACUAUUUUAUUUUUUAACUAGCGAGUUUCUUGUUUUAAACGUUUUUCAGCACACCCUGUACAUACGUAUUCGUACACAAUACAUAUUUGCGGCUCAAGGUAGAACGUCGACCUUCCAUCCGUCGAAGUUAAUACGCAAGUGCACUAUUUACUAUUAAUAAAUAGCCGCGACACACGCAUGCAUCGUAUCAAAAUUGGCCCGACAACUGUUGAAUAGUUUAUUUUACGUAAUACAGAAUGUGUAUAAAUUUAUAAGCGAGUAAAAGUGCCCAUCUGUCUCGAAAGCAUUGCGCAGUUUCUAUUCUCCUGUCAAAAGUCGUGUGUACAAUUGCGACACGUAACUCGCAAAAUUUCAACAACUGGCGCGUCGAACACUCGGCGAAUAAAUAUAAAAAUACGAA